UAUUAGCCGACUGUUGAUUAGCACGUUGUUGGUUGGUCGGAGAUUUUGUCAGAUACGGUAUUUAAGCCUUAAUUGGGCAGUUUCUAUGAGGCUGUGUUGUUUGAAGAUGUUUCGUUAUGUUCAAAACGCAGUGAGUGUUGAUUAACACCAAUUUCUUUAAAUGUUAUUUUGGUAUGAAACUUGUCAGCUAGUGAUUGAGCCAAACAUCCCCAUACCUUAUACUUUGCAUACGUUAGUGUGCAUGCCAGAUUGGUCCGUGUCUAGGUAACCUUAUCCACUGAAGUUAGUCCUGACUUUGUCUUUUCAAAAGGGUCUUAGCUGGCGUAAUGGUAGAAGAUGACAUAUUUUAGAGAGAUAAAACGCCUUCAGUAAAGCACAGUUAACGUAAGGUAGCGUAACUAGCAAGCAAGGUAACUUUGAUAGCUUUGUGGUUGUCAGUCACCGGCUAAUGAAACAUCAUUCAGGGCAUCCCCACGCUUCGCUGAGCUUCCUGGACGAGCCGACGAAUGUUUCCUAGAGUUCCCUGACUACCUGUUGGUGUUGUAAGUAGAAGGUAGUAGAGGAGUUCCUGGCAAAGUUGGGGAGUCAGGAACAGGCACAGAAUGUUGUGCUGGUGUCUGAAAUCACCGCAGUGAAGUUUCUUAUGGCACGCAAGUUUGAUGUGUCCCGAGCCAUUGAUCUCUUCCAAGCUUAUAAGAAUACUAGAAUAAAGGAAGGAAUUUACAACAUAAACGCAGACGAGGAGCCUCUGAGAACAGAGUUACUGAGCGGGAAGUUCACCGUGCUGCCUGGCCGGGAUUCGAAGGGUGCUGCACUGGCUCUUUUCACCGCUCGCCUCCACCGACCUGAACUCACUACCCAUAAGGCUGUGCUGCAGGCCAUCAUCUAUCAACUGGAUAAGGCCAUUGAGAGUCUUCAGACCCAACGGGAUGGCCUAAUAUUCAUCUAUGAUAUGACCAACUCGACGUACGCUAACUUUGACUACGGGUUGUGUGAAAAGAUCCUCAAUCUACUUAAGGGUGCGUUUCCUGCCCGGCUGAAGUGUGUGUUUAUCGUGUCAUCUCCACUGUGGUUCAGAGCGCCGUUUGCUGUGCUGCGUCUUUUUGUGCGGGAGAAGCUGAGAGAGAGAGUGUGUACCGUUAAGGCCCAUGAACUGGCCAAUCACAUCCCAGUGUCAUCUCUUCCGGAGCACCUGGGUGGGACCUUAAAUUACAGUCACAUGGCCUGGGUCCAGUCCUGUUUCAAUACCGGCUCUGCCGGUAACCAUAGUGAUGCCAAUGAUAACCCGGACUGUGUGGGUAACCUGCUGCGUUCCUAUUGGCCAGAGCAGGAUACUGCCCCUCUAGACGGGACCAAUGCCAACUUGCCUAAUCAUCGAAGCCCAGCCAAUCACACACAGCACUGGAAUGGCUCUGCUAUCCAGGGGCGUGUUCACCAUCCACCUCCGCAGUCCGAGACACCCCCUGACACACCCAUACACCACACGCACACACAAAACAUAGUCGUCACGGAGACCGAGUGGUCAUCGGACGGACUCAUUCAGGAAGAACAUGGACACGGAGACGGAGGAGGAGGAGGAGGAGGAGGAGAAGAAGAAGAAGAGGAGGAGAGAGAGGAAGAGGAAGAGGAAGACGGGGUUCCCCCUCUGCCACAGAAAUCCCGCCCUCCUCCACCCUCCCACAGCCCCCCUUCGUUGCCGGUGGAGCUGAUGGAGGUGUCGGUGCACCUGCCUGAGCCAGGGGGCAUGACGGUGCACGAGCUGGUGGCACACGUGAAGAGGAGCCGCAAGAGGGGCAUCUACCAGGAGUACGAGCAGAUCCGCAAGGAACCGCCCACAGGAACCUUCAACUACUCAAAGAAGCCUUCCAAUCAGAUCAAGAACCGUUACAGCGACGUCCUCUGCCUGGAUGAGUCCCGUGUCAGACUGACCACGCUCGAUGAAGAGGAGGACGAGACCUCAGACUACAUUAAUGCCAGCUUCAUGGACGGGUACAAGAGGAGCCAUGCCUACAUCGCCACUCAGGGACCGCUGCCAAAAACAUUUGGCGAUUUCUGGAGAAUGGUGUGGGAACAAAUGGUCAUAAUCAUCGUCAUGACCACCAGAGUUGUAGAGCGUGGGCGUGUGAAGUGUGGACAGUACUGGCCGCUGGAGGUUGGCCUGACUGAGGACUAUGGGUGUUUCCUGGUGAGGACUGUGCACAUUGAGACUUUCCAGGACUUCAAGCUGACUCACCUGGAGCUUUACAACAACCAAACUGGAGAGACGAGGGAUGUCUCCCACUACCUUUAUUUGAGUUGGCCUGAUUUUGGUGUUCCCAAGUCUGCCUCAGCCAUGUUGGACUUCAGGUCUCAGGUCAAAGAAAGGCAGGAGGCGGGGCUACAAGCACUAGGACCUCAUUGGACAGGACCCCCUGGAGGUCCCCCAGUUGUGGUGCACUGCAGCGCAGGCAUUGGCCGCACAGGUACGUUUUGCACAUUGGACAUCUGCCUGGCCCGUCUGGAGGACAUCGGGACGGUGGACGUGGAGCAGACGGUGAGACGCAUGCGGACCCAGCGCGCCUACAGCAUCCAGACGUGGGACCAGUACUACUUCUGCUACACGGCCGUCAUCGAGCACGCCCAGAGGACCGGCUUCAUCCCCCCCCUGGAGUGGUCCGACGCCGAGCUGGAGACCGACAGCGAGUGAUCCAACAGACAGAGUUCGGUGAAAUGAGAGGGACAGAGAGCGAGAGACGGGAGACAAAAAGGAUGUGCAGGACACAGACAGGCAAACGGGGGGAGAGAGACGACAGGAAGCCAGCCGCGCUCUGGUCCUCACCGCCCUCAGUCCAGCCUCUCAUUACAGCUCACUGCCUCUGAGAAAGGAGGGGAGAUGGAGAUGGAGAGGGUGGAGGAGUCAUUGGUCCGGCCGUUUCAAGCCUUUAUUUUGUGUUUGGUUGUGAAGGACUGACCUGAGGCCUGAUGGGAACUGUGUCAGUGGUGUGUUUUUACCAGUUGUAGCAUUUUUAUUUGUAAAGUAAUGACUUGCACAUGUGGAUGGCAAACUUGAAGAAUAUUACCCACUUUUUCUUUUUUUAGUUGCUUUUUUUUUUUUUUUUUUUAGUUACCUCGUUUCUGGUCUAUCACACAUGAUUUGUUCAUUUCACACACUUUUUUUCUGUGUGAACAUGAGUAAAACUUGAACUCGUUUCUCUGUUAGGACAUGACGACGGCUGACUGGCGGUCCUCCGUCUCUUCUGUCUUUCCAACUUUGGUUUUGUAUUUUGAUUAUCAUAUGUGCAUAUUUAAACUAACCUGAAAGCCAAAGUGAUCACGUGGAAUGCUUGGAUGUACCCUUAAUUACAGUCGUGAGUUAAAACCCAGUGUAUAUUCUUGUAACAUACAUUUAUAUAUUGUGCAUAACAACCUUGGAAAAGCCUUGUUUAAGUAAUAGACUUGACGUUGUUUAAGAAAUAUAUGAAAAUAUAUAAAUAUAUAUAUAAAUAUAUAUACAAAUAUUGUGGGCUAGAGUAUGAGACAUUGAAAAGGAGAUUGAUAUUGUAUCCAUGGUGACCGUGUGUACUGGUCAGACCUGCAUCAUUUGAAUUUGUCGUGUGUACAUUUCUGUGACGAUGCCCGUCCUGAACUCCGCCUUAAAAACAAACAGAAGUCACUGCCUGCCUCAACUGAUGACACCCAACAAUCCCUGCUUCACCCCCCCCCCUGCUUUUAGUUCUCCUUUUUAUCUUCAUCUUUUAUUUUCUGACACUACUACUGUGGUGUUGUGGUGAGGUUGACGCUGCCACUGGUGUUUGUGCCUUCCUGCUUGCCGUAGCACGGUGUUGAUCUUCUUUAAGCUCAGGGGUUUUACUCUACUGUUUUAGUGUCAAGCCUUCACCCCCGAACAUUUCAAAACAAAAACCUUCUAUCACCUUUUUUUUGUUUUUUUCCCCCCUCUGUUAUAUUUUAUACAGUAUACUGUAUUAUAUCAUUUUAUUUAUGUCUUUGUAAAAUUUCAGCAGUAUUGAAAACUGAAUGAAUGUUGGUAUGGUACUUAGCGCAACGCAACCAAUGGAAAUGUUUUAAUUUGAUAAGCUAAACCAAUCAAAAAGAAGGAAUGGAGAGAUGUCUUUGGCAGGGGCUGGUUGUCUUUCUACUCUGAAGUGACUUGUGACUACGUGGUGACCUAUUUGACAGAACAAUGAUAAACUGCCAUCAAAUAUGAAGCCCUGCAGUGAUUUUCAGUCAGUUUCUGUCUGUUCAUGUGCCAGAUGAGUAUUGUUUUGGAUGAGAGCGAGAGAGAGAGAGAAUGUGAGGGUAGAUAGGAGUUGCAGUGCUGCACCUGUUUCAGGCACCUGCUACCCAUGGUCAUUUAUACCUGUUCAACUCUGACUGUUGCCAUGGAGCUGAGCCCAUGACCUCUACUGGAGCCUGACUGAGUGGCUACUGUCUGCCCUGCUGCUGCUGUGGGGUCAGUGGCCAUAGCUUCUAAUGGUUAAGGCUGGGAUGGCACAUUGGUCCCAACAGACUAUUGAGGGGGUAGAAAGUACUCGGAGAGCUCUUGGGCUUCGUUCUCCACAUUUUAUUUGUCUGACAAAUGGGAAUGCGAUUUUUUUAAACGUGUUUUUUUUUUUUUUUUUUCUUGUGCUCAAAGAUAUUGUGAUUGAAUAAUUGCCUUCCCCUGCGUCUGCAUUAGUGUUGUAGUAAAACAUUGAUAUUAUUCUCAACCAGAAGUGUGAAUGUCUGCCUGUUCAGUGUUACUAUAAACAUUUAAAAAAGCAGAAGGGCUGGGGGUGCUUUCCAGUGUUCUAUACUAUGAAUAAAUCUAUGUGAAUUUUACAAUAUGA